GCAUACUCCCGUAAUUGGAUUGUCAGGCCAGCAUUCCAAGCACUCAAUCAGCGCGGCAGGUCAAGACGGUGCAGCCUUGUUCGUGCAAGAGGAGCUCCUCCGAACACCUUGUGAAGCGCAGCCCUACGAUCGCCUGACUCAGGGACCACUUUGCAUCAUCGCCCGCGCUAGAACGUGAGCACCCUUACCCUUGCUGAGACAUAAAGCACGCCGUCCGCCGUGAGCCCGUCGUUGCACUAUUCACAUCUAUUCAGCCUCCGCCCGAGCACAAGAUCGCCCAAGUUCCCCAAGACAAAAGCGGCUUGCAUCGUGGAGAUUGAGCAGAUAUAAUAUACGCACAAUGGCCUUGUCAACACACGCCCUCGCCUCCAUCCGUCGGUACUCGACUUCCCUACCGCGCGACCCGCACUACCGCCUCAAAGCCACUCUUGCAACAGGCUACGUUGUAUCGGCGCUCGCACUGCCGUUUGUGCCGCCGCUGCUUGAGACCCGAAGGGCGAAGGCAGAUGGAAGUUAUCUGACGAGGGAGAAUGUGUAUUGCUCGAGCCAGUUCCAUCAGUGUGCGCGGUGAGUGCGGAGAUGGUCUGCACAUAUUUCAUCACAUGUCUUUCUUCAUUUGCAUCAAUCGUUUCAUCAUACCCGGCGCUUUUGGUUUGGCCUUUGGCGUUUGCAUG